GAUAAAGUAAGCACGAACAAGGAGUAAAUGUGCAACAUAUCUAAAAGUAGCCACCCGAAUGUCUAAGUGGACCAAACUGAAGCUUAUGUGACCAACUUCACGUCAGGAAACGACGUGGGAAGUGGCAUUCGUAGGAAAGCCUCCCGUCGCCAUGUCGACGCUGGAUCUCCAUCCCCACUGCUCGACAUGCGUGAACCUCCACUGCCCGGAGCCGGCUCACCCGGGCGCUUCCUGUGCGUUCGCUUCCUGCCCGCUGGCAUGCGGGGCGGCGUUCCACAGCUGCAAGGCGUCCGAGCACCGCCUCCUGUGCCCGCUGGUGCCCGUGGCCUGCCCGAGCCGGGCGUACGGGUGCCCGCUCGCCAUGCCCCGUGCGCGCGUGGCGCAGCACCUCUCCGUCUGUCCGGCCAGCGUGGUGCGGUGCAGACACACACAUUUUCCCAACAUGCAACACACCUCAGGCGCACACGCGCUGGCCUCAAGCACGCCUGACGCGCACUCUGCAGACACAGGCACUGCAAGUGUUCACAGCACCGACGGCAACACCUCGAAUACAAAUGUGCCCCUCACACACUCUAACUUCACACAGGCGUCGAGCACUCAGACACAAAAUGUAAACUCACGUAAAAUGAUGUCAGGGAUUAAUGUCAAGGAUAUCCAAGAAGACCCAAUUCACAAGAGAAACAAAAGCCUCCCCAAUGGAGAAAAUGUUCUCUGCAACAACGUCGCCAAUGGCGUAAGUAAGGACCUGGACCACAGCGUCACUGAAGCUGCUUCAACUAGUAAACCAAUCGUAUCAGCUGCUGCAAAGACGGACAACCACCUUGACCAAUCAGACAGAGCUGAGACCAACAAAGGCGGGAGUGAGGGCCACUGUGGAGGCACAUCUGCUGAUGCCAUGCCUGAUGCACACCGCCCCGCUUGUGAGAGCAGUGCAUCAUGGGUAGAGGAGUGCCCCAUGAGUGGGCCCCUGAGCGAUCUGGACGCCUUCCCUCCGUGUUAUGACCGCGAGGCCCGGCUGAUGCUUCUGCAGCGCUUCCUCCCUCCAGAGCUCAGCGCACGAUUGGCUGACGCGCCCGCCAGUCAUGGUGGCGAACCGACCCAGGAGGAGGAGGACCAACCAAUGGAAGAGUGCCCCACCGCAGCCACCCACCCAGGAUUGGCCAAAGCCGUCACUGUCAGCACCACAACUGAAAACAUGGAGGGAUCACCAGGAGGAGCACACUGGGCGCAAACGCCCCUCAAUGCUACACCCACCACCACCACUGAGAUGCCGUCCCAAAAGGCACCCGCUCUAGAGACUCAGACUGCCACCUCAGUGUCCCCGGGUCCAUGCCAGCACCCUUGCGAGCCCCCUGGCAUGGGUGGUCACCUGUCCCACCGCAACGACGAGCCCUCUGGCAUGUGUGGUCUCCUGUUCCGCCGCGACGAGUUCCUGUGGCACAGCCGCAACGUCCACGCCGACCUGGACCUCCUGGAGCGCUCCUGCCCGCUGGCCACCUACGGCUGCCCCGUCAUCCAGCGCCAACUCUGUGCCUCCACUGGCGGCAGUGGCAGCGUCCGCACCCGCGCCCACCUGGUCUACGAUGCCCGCCUGGGUGCCUACGGGCUGCGUCCCAUCAGCCCACCAGGCCCCGUCGCGGUGACCCCUGACCCCCUGGGCCACGAUCGGCUCGGCGCGCUCCCGCUGGAGCUCUUGCGCCACCUGCUGGGCUACCUGGAUGGGUUCAGCCUCAACCAGCUGGCACUGGCCUCGUGCCGGAUGAGGGAGGUGUGCGCCAGCCUGCUGCGCGCCCGUGGCAUGGUGCUGCUGCACUGGGCACGGUGCCCUCACGAGGACAACGACAGCGCUGGCGCUCGGAGAUGGAGGGUUCAGGAAAAGGUGUGGCGUUUCAGCAUGGCCUUCAGCUGUGUGGAAUCCUGGGAUUUGGUGGAGGCCCCCAGCUUGUCCAACCACCUGCGGUGCUGCCCGUGGAACCAGGUGGAGCGCCCUCUAGAGGCCAGAGCCCUCCCCUGCAUGAGCAGCGCGGCAAAGCUGGAGUGGCAGAAGCCCAUAAGAGCCUUCACCCCCGCCGGGAGAAACACAAUCAUCGCUCUUUCAUUCCCUCACGGCUGUGGAGAGCCCUGACUGUGGCUGUAGAUAAGAAGGAAAGAAGUACUCUGUGUGUGUGUGUGUGUACAGUUUACUCAGCCAAGAAGGGAAGAGAGCCUUAAUCAUGUAUGGCUUAAAGGAGCGAGUGUGAGGUUUACAUUGGUGUGCUCUGAUUCAGGAGUGGACUGUGUGUGUGUGUGUGUGUGUGUGUGUGUGUGUGUGUGUGAUUUGCAUAAGUGCUAUUAUGUCAACUCUCAGGAUGGGCCAGUCUGCUACAUCACCACAGCUGCACUUUUCUUUCCCUCUCUCUCACUGCUCUUGGAAAAGGGCACGUACCAUACUCCUAAGAAGUGUGUGUGUGUGUGUGUGUGUGCACGUACCAUACUCCUAAGAAGUGUGUGUGUGUGUGUGUGUAUGCGCAUGUGCAUAACUGCUACUGCUACAUAUCAACUCAGGAUUGGACCAGUCUGCUACACAUCAUUAUUGCGCUCUCUUUAUCUCUUCUAAAUUGCACACACACACACACACACUCUUUUGGUAUCAUCUUAGGAAGGUCGCUUUUGUUUUUGAGUGCAUUAACAUAGAGGAAACCCAAAGAAGAGAGAAGUUUGUGUGUGUGUGUGUGUGCGUGUGCGCGCUUUGGUGGAAGCACUUUAACUAUCCCUCGCUGCACGCACUGCUUAUUUGGAGCUGAACAAAAGUGUCUUAACAUCAAUGGCAGAAGCAUGUCAGUGUCAUGGGUUGGGCUCAACAUGGGUCCUGGUGAGGAUGAACUUUGAUACUGCAGAUCGGGGCAUGGAUGACAAACAUGAUGUCACACGAGAAGGAGUCAGUGGACUGCUUUUGUCCUGCUGAAUAAUUCAUCAGCUUGAGGCGCAGAGGGAACAACACGGAAGGUAGUGACAUAUGCCGUGCAUGAUGUGAUACUCAAGUGUUGUCCUAUUUUUUUUUUUUUUUUAAUUACAUUCCCUCCUUGUCAGUGAUUGUUAUAAUUAAAAACAAAACACGGGGUCCAUAGGGUUGUACUACAGAGCAAGGUUACUGGUUAACCCAGGUCCAUUAACUUUCCUUGGUAUUAAAGCCUUCAGAAGUUCAUCAAGAACAAAGAAAUAUUUUGAGCGAAUGCAGUAUGUAAUGUUUACCAACAGAACUUGCACCUGUUGACUUUUCAAAGGGCUAAAAUGUGAGUUGUU